AUGAGCACCAACAGCAUCAAGAAGGCAAGUAGCCGCAGCAACAGAGGCCCAAAAUGGGACGAUGUUAAAAAAUGCGAAAGACUAGUUCCUGAAACGUCAAAAAAGCCAGAAUCAGGAUCUCUUCCCACAUCGCAGAAUGUGACCAUCGAUACCACGAACUCCCCUGGUUCUGAACAUCCUGGUGUGGCCUCAUCUGCCGUAUCACCUCAAGCAAAACCGAUUGUUACACCUUCUGCAGAAGACAGGGCAGUUUCAGAGGCAAUAGACGCAAUAGAGGACCUCACAACCGACUUUGACGCGACCAGCACUGAGGCAGGUCCCAGUAAGCGGACCCAAAAAGCCACCGAAAAGCGAAAUAGGAAAACUCUUAAGUCAGACACUACUGCUGCAAUUUCUCAAAAGAAAGUGUCUCAAACUCGAUCUGUUAACGACAGUCCCAAUAACAACUACCAAGGCUCGUUCCCAACCGAUGAUGCUUAUGAGAAUAGUCCUGCAUCAUCCGAGUCAUCUCUAUGGGGGGACGACCAGUCAUGGAAUACCCCAAACUACCUCAGCUUUGAUCCAGCAAGGCUCUUGGUAUAUCAAAUGAAACCACAGCGUAAAACAAUGCGCCAGCGGCUUUCUUCCAUAAAGCAGAAAGCCGUUGAGAUUGCAACUGACGUGGAUUGGGUGAAAGACGCCAUGGCCAGCAUGCGUAUCAAAACCGGCGCGGAAAGUCCCAGAAAUAAAGAGAAGAGUGCCAAAAACUCACGCAAGGAUUCAAAGGACACAUUUGAUGUGAUCUUAAGAGGUGGGUUCGGCGAUAUUUUGGGCUUGAACGGCGGAGGAAAUGAUAUUUCUGGCUUUGGUGAAGGGAGCGAUACCUGUUGUGCUCAGCUUUCAGCCGGUUUGGGAUCCUCAGUGGUUUUCAAUUCAAGCAGCGCGUAUGCCAAAUCACAGAGUUCGUAUUGGGCGUUGCAACAGUCAGAACUCAUCCCAAGCUGCAUUGUUGUGCCAUCGACAGCCUCCGAGGUGUCAGACGCCAUCUCCAUCAUUUCAACCAUCGAAUCAUGCCACUUUGCAGUUAAAGGUGCAGGGCAUGGAACUGUUGUUGGAGCUGCAAAUAUUGAUGGAGGAGUCAAGUUUGAUAUGAGCCAGCUCAACGAAAUCGAGACCAACUCAGAGGGAACUGUCGCCAGAAUUGGAGCUGGAAGUCAAUGGGGAGAGGUCUAUGAGUAUCUUGACAACAGAAGCCUUUCCGUUGCCGGCGGCCGGAACGGCGAUGUUGGCGUAGCUGGUGUGCUCCUCGGAGGUGGCAUAUCAUUUUAUGGCCCGCGAGUAGGCUGGGCAACCGAUAAUAUCUUAAAUGUCGAAGUCGUGCUUGCCUCGGGAGAGAUCGUCAACGCCAACGCCACUUCCAACCAAGACCUUCUGAAAGCUUUGAAGGGAGGAAACAGCAAUUUUGGCAUCGCAACAUCAUUUGAUCUGCGCACAUUUCCUCAGGGGGAAAUGUGGAUUGGUUAUCUCGGCCAAUCCAUCAAUAGUCGCGAGGAAGUUUUCCAAGCUAUCAGCGAUAUUGCGUCGAAUGCAAAUGAGGACCCUUUUGCUGCCUUGGUGGGCGAUUUCAAGUUUAAUUCCGCCACCAAAUCUUGGGUCAUGAACCAUACUGUGGCAUACACAAAGCCAGUUGCCAAUCCGCCAAUCUUUCAGCCGUUGGUCAAUAUUAAGCCCCAAUUGAGCAACAAUAUUGCAAUCACAAACAUCAGCUCUAUUGCUCUGGGGCAGAAGAUGGGCGCCAAAGUUGCGUACAAUAAGAAUCACCUGUCUUACACAGGCACAUACGGCAACGAUGCAGCACUUCUCUCCAAGAUUUUUGACAUUAGCAACGCCACCGUCCACAAGAUUAUGCCGCAGAUCAAUGGUGGCAUCAAGUGGGUUACAAUGAUGGAGCCAUUUCCAGCGCUUGUAGACAGUUUCGGAGAAAAGAAUGGCGGAAACUCACUCGGACUAAGCGCUGACACUGGAGACCGUAUUGUCAUCCUACAAUUGGCGCAAUUCGAAGGCCACGGCGCGAACGACUUGGUCGACACGGAACUCCACAACAUGUUCGAUGAGAUCGCGAGCGUGGCGUCGGAGAUGGGACUCUUGCGCCGGUUCCGGUACUUAAAUUAUGCCGACAAGCAACAGAACCCUAUCGCUUCAUACGGGCCGGAGAAUGUGGCGCAAUUGCAAGCCACGAGCAAGAAAUACGAUCCACACGGGCUGUUCCAACGACAAGCGCCUGGCGGGUUUAAGCUUGGAAUGCAGUAGUGAUUUAUUUAUUGUAAGUUGAUGGAAUCAGGUUUGAUAAAUGGAGUUAUUUACGGCGACGACUCGAUUUCAUCAAGGAGGCAGAUAGUAAAGGGAAGUGAUCGACGACAAUCAUGUUCCAAAUACCACUCUACCUUUCCUCUCGGCCUGUCAUAAUUGUGUGAGGGACGGCUGCGUCACGAUAUACAUCGGGAUAAUGGGGAAACAUAAAGACGAGGGCCGUUUGACAGGAAAUCUGGGGAAUGGAAG